AUGGGGCGCCUGACGGAGGCGGCGGCGGCAGCGGGCGGCGGCGCUUCAGCGGCGCGCUCGGCAGCCCCUCCCGCUCCCCUGCCCCUCUCGUCCACGUCCCCCGGCUGCGCGGCCACCAUGGCGUCCAGCGAGGAGGACGGCACCAACGGCGGCGCCUCGGAGGCCAGCGAGGAGAGGGAGGCCGCGGGCAAGAGGAGGCGCCGGGGCUUGCUGGCCACCGCUUGGCUCACCUUCUACAACAUCGCCAUGACCGCGGGGUGGCUGGUACUAGCUAUUGCCAUGGUACGUUUUUAUAUGGAAAAAGGAACACACAAAGGUUUAUAUAGAAGUAUUCAGAAGACACUUAAAUUUUUCCAGACGUUUGCCUUGCUUGAGAUAGUCCACUGUUUAAUUGGAAUUGUGCCUACUUCUGUGCUUGUGGCUGGGGUCCAAGUGAGUUCAAGAAUCUUUAUGGUGUGGCUCGUUACUCACAGUAUAAAACCAAUCCAGAAUGAGGAGAGUGUGGUGCUUUUUCUGGUCGCGUGGACGGUGACAGAGAUCACUCGCUAUUCCUUCUACACAUUCAGUCUUCUCGACCACUUGCCAUACUUCGUUAAAUGGGCCAGAUAUAAUUUUUUUAUCAUCUUAUAUCCUGUUGGAGUUGCUGGUGAACUUCUUACAAUAUACGCUGCCUUACCAUAUGUGAAGAAAACAGGAAUGUUCUCAAUAAGACUUCCCAAUAAAUACAAUGUCUCCUUUGACUACUAUUAUUUUCUUCUUAUAACCAUGGCCUCGUAUAUACCAUUGUUUCCACAACUCUACUUUCAUAUGUUACGUCAGAGAAGAAAGGUGCUUCACGGAGAGGUGAUUGUCGAAAAGGAUGAUUAAAUGAUCCCUACAACAAGGUGCCUUUUCCAGAAUAACCAGGAUUACUUGAGUCCAAGUUUUAAUAAUAAGAAUAAACAGCUUCAUGAAAUAUCGCGGAUCGUGUUAUUUCUUCAACUAUAACUUGGGACAUGCGGUAUUUGCCAAUAUUUGCCUUCAGAUCGUGCCAGGUCCGUUUUCUCCAAGAACUAGCAAGUGUUUAUUAUCAACUCCUGGGUAGGUGAUGAUCAUAAAAACAAAUAAUUGGGUGUAUUACCUGGAAAAACAACUUUUGUUAGUUUUUAAACUAAAAAUAAGUUCUACUAAAUUUUUUUUGCAACAUAUGUUCAAAGCUUUUGAAAUCAAUAUUUAGAAAUUAGUUUAAUGAUUUAAUAUUAUGAUGCCUGCCAGUGAUAUUUAUAAAUGAAACUAAAUACAGAAUUAUAAUAACUGUUAAUAAUGUAUUAGCAUUUCUUGAACCCAAGGUCUAUUUCUCUUAAGUUAUAAGGUAGCAUUUUUGAUUAAUAACAAUUUUUGGCAACAUAGACAUAGUUUGCUAUGGUAAAUCUUUUGACCUAGAUAAAGUAGUCAUAUAAAAAGCCCAAAAUAUUCAAGUAUGUGUCACAGUUGGAAAAUAUUCUUUGGAAAUAUGUUUAGGCCACUGAAAUUAUACUCCUAAGCAAGUUUAUUUUUAUUUGAAUUAACUACUCAAGGUCAAGCUUUUCAAUUGUAAGGAUUUUAAGGGAUUAGAAAGAAUGUAUAUAUACUUGGCCUCACUUGUAAAAAAAACAUAGUAACAUUGAAUCUGAUGGUAACACCGUGUCUGUUACAUUCAGAACUCUGGCUGAAAAAGGCUGCUCUAUACCGUGGAAUCAUCUAAUAAAAAAUCAUCUUGUGACAA